CAGCGAGCGGCCUUAGCGUUAGCCUUUAGGUAAGCCGAGCCGAGUUUCUGCCUUUUCUCUCCAAUGCCGGGACCGGGACAAUUUCGGAGACUCUCCGGCACCAUUCCAGUUUUCAACGAGUGACCCGCGUGACUGACGGUCUGCCCGCUUCGUCUCUCCAGUUCCCGAUUCUUCCCCCAUGAUAUCUUGGGUUGGCGUACAGAACGACGUUGUAUGGUUGCGCCAUUUUCCACCCCCACGAAUUCCACGCUGCCCAACAUGGGCACCUUCUCUUAUCCUCUGCGUUAAUCCUUUAUCCACGAGGCCGGCCCUGAAGCUGAAGCCUUCACCUCCCCCCCCAGAGAUUCCGACUCCCCCAUUCGCUCCCCUGGCUGAGAAUCGAAAAAGCUUCCCGGUCCUUCAACCACGGCUGAAGGCCACCCCUCGUCCACCAAACCUAACUAAAACCCGCCCAGGAGUUGCACCCCCACACAUGGGGGACGGUUUGCCCUGCUCUCUGGGGAGUAGAAGUGGGUUUGUGGGUUGGGAGAAAAUAGUAACAGAAAAUACAAGAAUAUUAUCACACAGUCAAGAAAGAUAUCAGCUGGGUUGCAUGAUGAUCAUGGCUAUGAAUUUAUUAGAGACUGACAACAAGAGGACUCGCAACAACGGAUCAAACUCGCAUCGCUAAUAAAAUACACCACACAGCACUAGCACAGCAGGACAACACUGAAAAGCCCGCUGGGGGAAGGAAAGUAAUUAUGUAAACCGCAGCGCAUCCCCAACAUGGCCUUGGGGUAACUCACUAAUUUCUCAUUUUCCUCACUCUCCUUCCUACUCUCCUACUCACUCCGUCACCCACACCCCCGCCCUUCUCCAUC